AUGAUGUUAGAAAAUACAAAAUUAAAAGUUAUAUUAUUGGUUUUAUCAGUUUGCUCUUGUGCUUUAGGUCAAUCUUAUCUACCGAAUUGGGAAUCUAUUAAUUCAAGACCAUUACCAGCUUGGUAUGAUCAAUCGAAAUUUGGUAUAUUCAUUCACUGGGGUGUAUAUUCGGUACCAGCUUUUGCAGUUCCUGCUGCACCAGGUGCCGAAUGGUAUUGGUAUAAUUUAGAAUUCAAUACUGAUAAUGGAUCGACUCGUGCCUAUCAUGAUGAUUCAUUCGGUGCUGAUUUUACUUAUCAGACUUUUGCACCGAUGUUCAAAGCAAAUCUCUUUGACCCACAGCAAUGGGCAAAUCUUUUUGUUGCCUCUGGUGCCAAGUAUGUUGUGUUGACCAGUAAACAUCAUGAGGGUUUCACUCUUUGGCCAAACUCACAAGCCUGGGGAUGGAACAGUGUUGACAUCGGUCCCGGUAAGGAUUUAGUCGGUUUGGUAUCGAAAUACGUUAAGCAAGCAGGUCUACACAUGGGUCUCUAUCAUUCACUCUACGAAUGGUUCAACCCAUUGUACGAUAUGAACAAUGCCACCACUCCACCAGUAAGUGAUUCUUAUGUCACCCAGGUUCUCUUGCCACAACUCUACGAUGUUGUUAACUCUUAUGAACCUGAAGUUGGUAUGUAUCAAACUUUUAUUCCAAAAACAAUCAUAACAAUAUUAACUUUUUUUAUCUCAUAUCAAUCAAAAGUUUGGGCGGAUGGUGAUUGGGAACAAAACUCAACCUAUUGGAAAUCAACAGAUUUUUUGGCAUGGUUAUACACUAACAGCUCUGUAAAGGACACUGUUGUCACAAACGAUCGUUGGGGAAGUGAUUGCGGUGGUAAAAAUGGUGGUUAUUGGACACCAUCUGAUAGAUACAAUCCAGGAACAUCAUGGGGAUACAAUCAAAAUGAAGCAUUAGAUCAAUAUCAGAACACUACAAGUUUGAUCCAAACAUUGGUAUCAACUGUUAGUUGUGGUGGUAAUCUAUUAUUGGAUGUUGGACCUACUGCUGAAGGUGUUAUUCCAAUGUUGAUGCAAGAAAGAUUGAUCCAAAUCGGUGAAUGGCUAUCGACUAAUGGUGAAGCUAUUUAUAAUACUACUUUCUGGAGAGUUCAAAACGAUACCAUCGAUGAAAACAUUUGGUACACCACCAAUGCUCACACCGGUGCUGUCUAUGCCAUGUCAUUCUACUGGCCAACCAACUCGAUCUUGACUUUGGAAGCUCCAAUCGUUCAGAGAACAACCACCAUCGAACUUUUGGGCUACGGUGAAUCACUCUCUUACAGCACUGCCAACGGACAGAAAUCUGGUCUAAACAUCAAACUUCCAUUCUUGACACCCGGUCAGUAUCCACCACACGGUGUAUACACAUUCAAACUAAGCAAUGUAUUAUAA